AGUUCCCGGGAAGGAGUCGGUUCGGGUGUGUUUACACCUUUGUUCUGCUGAUAAUGGAUGAAGAGAAUCUGGAAGCUGCCAUUCAGACCUACAAUGCCCAGUUGCAGCAAGUGGAGCUGGCUUUAGGGGCAGGCCAGGACCCGUCACAGCAGUCAGACUUGAUUCAGUUGCAGGAAGAUUUAAAGCAGCUGAUAGAACUGACCGAAUCCAGCCUGGUGUCUGUGAAAAAGAGCAAACUUCUGGCUACUUUAGACCCGAAUGCUGCCUCCUCCUCCUCCCUGGUAGGCCUGGAGCAGAACACCAACCCAGACAGCUCUGCCCAAGAUGAGGAGUAUGCAGCUUUUAAGGAAGCCAUUGCUGAGCUUGGAGGUGAUGAGAAGCAUUCAGCUAACAAUGAUGAGAUAGCAUCAAAAAGAGAAACUGACAACAAAAAUGAAUCCAAGCACAACGAAGAAGAGAAAGAGUCAGACAGAGAGGAGGAGGAGGAGGAAGAGGAGGAAGAAUUGAGUGGGAUGAAGGUUAAAGCUCCUUACUACAGUUCUUGGGGAACUCUGGAGUACCAUAAUGCCAUGAUUGUGGGGACAGAGGAGUUGGAAGAUGGCAGUGCAGGAGUCAGAGUGCUGUACCUCUACCCGACUCACAAGUCUCUGAAGCCUUGCCCCUUCUUCUUGGAUGACAAAUGCAGAUUUAAAGAGAACUGUCGGUUUUCCCAUGGGCAGGUGGUCUCUGUGGAGGAGCUUCAGCCCUUUCAGGAGCCCAACCUGAGCACACUGGAGGUAGGCUCAGCCUGCCUGGCCAAGCACAGUGAUGGGAUCUGGUACACUGCAAAAAUCACUGAUGUGGACAGUGGUUACUACACUGUGAAGUUUGAUUCCCUGCUGCUGAAGGAAGCUGUGGUGGAGGCAGACAGCAUCAUCCCCCCGCUGCGCAGCGAGGACGGCACCCGGCCCGGGGACUCUGAUGCAGAGGACAGUGAUGAUGACUCUGGUUAUGCCAAAGUGAUAGACUCAGGAGUUCCAGAGAAUGGGGAGUGGACUCCUGCCUGCAGUUCUUCUUUUGGUGGCUGGGAAGCUCACACUCGUGGUAUUGGCUCCAAACUGCUGGUUCAGAUGGGAUAUGAGUUUGGAAAAGGGCUAGGGAAGAACUCUGAUGGCCGAGUGGAGCCGGUGCAGGCUGUGGUUCUGCCCAGGGGGAAGUCCCUGGACCAGUGUGCUGAGGUGCUGCAGCAGAGGCGGCGCGGGCAGUGCCCGGGGCAGGGUGGCAGCUCUGGGCGGUGGCCCCGGGGCAGCCGCAAGGCUCCGCGAGACGUCUUUGACUUCUUGAACGAGAAACUGCGAGGGAAGAGCUCUGGGGACAGGGCUGCAGGCAUGGCACUGCCCAAGAGGAGCAGCAAGGAGAUCUACCAUGCCAGCAAGAGCAGCAGGAAGGCCCUGAGUGUCCACCUCUUCCAGACAAUGGAGAAGAUUGACCAAACGCAGAGGGACAUCAUUGGGAUCCAGCAGGCCCUGGAACGCAACCUCGGAAGGCACAGUGUGGCCACAGCCCAGCUGAAGGAGAAGCUGGCCAAUGCCCACAGGCAGCUGGGGCAGCUGCAGGCCCAGGAAGCCAGGCUGCAGAGGGAGCAGAAGACAGCAGACACACACAAGAAGAUGGCUGAGUUCUAGUCUCUGAGGAAGGUUGGACUGCACUCAGUGUCCUUCUAGCCAGCCCCAGUGCUCAUAGCUUCAGAGCCUGGCUGAGCCAUUCCUGCUCCUCUGGGCUUUGAGCCACCCAGCCUGAAAACUGGGCUGAA